CACACACCGCACCGCCUCCUUUGUACGUCACCGGCGCGACGCACGCGGCGCUCUUUCUUUCCCCGUGUUAGCUGUUAGCUCUGAGCGAAACGGUUCAGCGGAGUCUCGGUGAGUUUCUGUGGAAUAAAGAGCAGCUAAGAGGACGAUGGCCGCGGCCGGGGCACAGAGCAGGAAGAGGAUCCUAAGGGAGGAGGACAUGACCAAGGUGGAGUUUGAGACUAGCGAGGAGGUGGACGUCACCCCCACCUUCGACACCAUGGGCCUGCGGGAGGAUCUGCUCCGCGGCGUCUACGCCUACGGUAGGCCGGGGAUCCGCGCGGCCUCCGGAGGGGGUUUGGGUUAGGGGAUAGCACAGGGAGCUAAAGCUAACGGCGAUGUUGUCAGAAAGCGCGAAAUAACAAAAAAUAGUUAUUGAAAAUAAAAGCACUACUAUUGUGAGGGUCAUCUUAACUCAGACAGAGUUUGCUGAAUGUUCUUGAAUAUCUGAAUAUUGUAAAACAUCAAAUGUAGCUAUUAGCAUCACCGUUAACAGCUAACUCUCCAUCAGCUCAGUGCGCAGUUUACACCGACCUGUAUUGUGAUAAUUGAACAUAUGCUUCUAAUUGUUGUUUUAGUACUUGAAAUAACUCUAUAGUAUAAUUCCAGCUGACAACUGUAUUUUUUUGAAUGAGCUCACACACAGACGUAUGGAGUUUACACUAUCUAGGUGAGACUACCUGAGGUCCCUACAAGGGUUAUAGAAACAAGUCCUGAUCCAAAACCACUAAACCUAGACCCAUCGGGUCUGCACCAGAUUGUCUACAGUCUCAGAGAAACACAGCUGCAGAUGAGUAAAAUCUCCAUUCUGUGAGAAAAAAAUAACAAAGAGCAAAUCUGUCCCCUGUAAUAUUAAUAAUAACAAUAAUGACCUUUCUUUAUAUGGCACUUAUGAAAACCAAGUCACUAAGUGCUUUACAAAAACACCAAAUUUCAUCUGAAAAAUACAGUAAAAGAAAACUUUUUAUUGAUUUAAAAUGUUUAAAAAACACACUAAGUAGUGGCAACAAGUUUGACAGACAAGAUAGAAGAUUAAAAGAAAUGAAAAUUUGAAUGUAAUGUUGAAAACCUUGACCAAGAGGCAAACAAUCAAAUAGACGGAGGAUCAUGAAUAAAACAGUUCCCCAGAAGGCUACACAGAUGUAGCUAGUCUGAGAUCUGGCAGGUCGUUCCAUCACAGAGGCGCCCUACUAGCAAAUACUCUGUCAUCUUUAGAUUUAAAGUUUGAGGUGGAAACAACAAGGAGGUUCCUGUCUGAGAAUCUCAGACUGUGCACUUGAUGGUCGGGGGACAACAGAUCAGAAAUAUAGUCAGGACUGUGAAGACCUUUUAGAAAUAAGAAGUAAAUUCUGGUCUGGUGUGGUCCAAAGAGAAAAAAGCAGCAGUGAAUGAACCCUGACCUCUGCAAGUACAAACAGUGGUUCUGUGUGUUAGUGCUUGGUUUCAGUCAGUGCGUUCACUGUCAACAGCUCCUCUGUAGAUGUCAGAUUAUGGAGUAUAACAGAGAGGUGUGAAGUAGGGUGACAGAGAGCACAGAUAGCUUUACCCUAGCUCUGACUGACCACAGUAGCAGGAUGGAGGUAACCUGAAUGUAACGUGCUGAUAAUGUGUUCAGGGUCCACCUUCCCUCUGUCUGAACAGGGUUUGUGUUUCAGGUUUUGAGAAGCCAUCUGCAAUCCAGCAGAGGGCUAUCAAGCAGAUCAUCAAAGGACGAGACGUCAUCGCUCAGUAAGACCUUCUUAGCACCCUCAGUAACACAUACACAACUCUUAGCAUCCUCACUGUCGCUAACUGUUAAUCUCUGAUCAGGUCUCAGUCUGGAACAGGCAAAACGGCAACCUUUUGCAUAUCUGUGCUGCAGUGUCUCGACAUCCAGGUGAGUCCACACGCAGGUUAACACUCAGAGGAACAAGGAGGUGAUUGAGACUGAGGGUCAUCAGUAAUCGAACGUUUUCAUUGGUCCGUGUUUCAGGUGAGGGAGACUCAAGCUCUGAUCCUUGCUCCCACCAGAGAGCUGGCAGGACAGAUUCAAAAGGUAAGCCCCUCCACACACACGCACCCAACCAAUCACCUGUGAGCUUCCCUGUCCUGUUUUCUGAUUAGCUGUCUCUCUUUGGUGCGUUUAGGUGCUGCUGGCUCUGGGAGAUUACAUGAAUGUUCAGUGUCACGCCUGCAUUGGAGGAACCAACGUGGGCGAAGACAUCAGGAAGCUGGACUACGGACAGCAUGUGGUUGCUGGGACACCUGGGCGCGUGUUCGGUGAGUGAGAACAUUUUCACUGCAGGGGGCGCUACAUAUUUACAGGAGGAACUGCCAGAGUAGCAACCAACAGCUGAAGAUGUAAAAACUUGGCUGACAAACUAACUGAUUGAUCUCAACCCACUGAUUGGUCAGACUCUGACUAAGGCAGCUAAUAGGAAGCUGAUAUCUGUUUGUUGUUCUGUUCUGCAGAUAUGAUUCGCCGCAGGAGUCUAAGGACAAGAGCAAUCAAGAUGCUGGUGCUGGAUGAGGCAGACGAGAUGCUCAACAAAGGUGAGACAGAGCAUAUACUGAGAGCUACAAUUGGAGACAGAUGCCUGAACACAGCUGUGAUGUCACAUUUACUGCAGUGAACUCUGGGAAAUCAGAGGGCAGACAGGACGUUUAAACAGGCAGAUUUGGUGUGAUGAGGAGACUUCAGUGAGAGUUGGACUGAUAAACUCAGACAGGAUCAGAAAACUUCAGGAUCAAGUCUAAAUUCCCCAGAACCUCUCAGAGUGUAAUUUGUAUCUGUUUGAACCUCACACGGUCUCUCACAUUGUUGGUUGUUGAUGCUUAUGUUGUCUCAUGUUUGUCUUCAGGUUUUAAGGAGCAGAUCUAUGACGUCUACCGUUACCUUCCUCCUGCCACUCAGGUGGUCCUGAUCAGCGCCACGCUGCCACAUGAGAUCCUUGAGAUGACCAACAAGUUCAUGACCGACCCGAUCCGCAUCCUUGUUAAACGGUCAGCACACAAAACACAAAGACCACAACAACAUUUACAACAUUAGAGUCAGGGUGCUGUGUAAAACGAGAGCUUAAAAUGGUUUGUUUAUCAUCCAAAGUUAUACUAAACUGAAAAUAGAGCAAAGACAACAUAUCAGCUGUUGAAAAAUAUCUGCUCAUUUUAAAUUUGAUGCUAUGUUAUUACGUCCUAAUGUUUUGUCCAUGCAAAAAGAUUAGGAAAUGUACACAAAACCAGGUUUAUAGUUCACAGGUAUUAUACAGUUUACAGAGAAUUCCAUGGUGUAGCUUAAUAAUCAAUGUAUUAAUUAACUCUUAGAUUAUUGGUGUUUUGACCAGUUUACAAACAGAUUGCACAGUUGGAUGUAAUUCUAUGCUGUGGAGAAGCUUACAGUUACCAUGUGAAAAUACGUCCAGGGACAGUCAGAGUGUGUGACACUCAGAGGAAGGAGUUAUAAAGUUUGAUGGCCACAGGCGAAAAAGACUUCUUGUGACGCUCUCUGAAGCAUUUAGGGUGAAUGAGUCUGGUACUAAACAUGCUCCUGUGUUUAACCAGGAUGUUACAAAGUGAGUGGUGAAUUCUGUCCAAGAUAACAUGUAACUUUGACAGGAUCCUCCCCUCUCACCACCGUCAGAGAGUCCACUUGUACACCCACAAUGUCACCGGCCUUGCGGAUGAGUUUGUUCAGUCUGUUGGCCUCCGCUACCCUCAGCCUGCUGCCUUAGCACACAACAGCAAAGUGGAUUACAUUGGACACCACAGACUUACAACAUCCUCAGCCUGGUCCUGCAGAUGUUAGAGAACCUCAGCCUCCUGAGAAAGUAGAGUCGGCAGAGGCCCUUCUUGUAGACAGCUUCAGAGUUCUUAGACCAGUCCAGUUUGUUUUCCACGUACACUCCUAGGUAGGACUGGGCCAUUUGGAAUACAGUGAACUAGUUUACAGUCCUGAGUGUUUUUGCAGGUAUGCAACACUCAAAAUAAACAAAUCCCCCCCCCCCAGGGAAAAUGAAGACGCCUUAAAAUGUAAACAUUAGAUGAUGUAAACAUAGAUGAUACCAUUGAUCGCUGCUUUGGUCUGGUGGCUGCACCGCUAGUUGUGGCUCAACUGCUAAUGCUACUAGUGUUGUUAGCAGUGACAGGCUGUGCAGACUCUGCUUGCAUUUUCAUGUUUUCCACAUACUCACUGGAGAAGUACUUCUUCAAAUAAUGAAACAGAUCUGUUGUGUUGCCGCUUCUUGAGGGCACCGACUGCGGACAUACCUUGCACAUUGGUUUAAUUGCUCGACGUCACUUUAGAGAUACCCGAACCACUGCCACAACUGACGUUCAACAACCUUUCUUCUCAACAAUGGCAUCUUCAGAAGAUGACUCAAAGUCAUGGCUGACAUGUAUUUUGCUGCCUCAGCUCUGCGUUUGGUCAUUAUUUUUACUUAUCCGGCAAGUUACACAAGUGAGCAGGGAAAGCUCUACUUUGAUUGGCGUUAUCGUGCACAUUUCUGCUAUGUUUGAUUUGAGGAGCUGGAGACGGUUCUGCUCAUGCCAUAUGAAAGUGUUACCCAUCACAGCCUCAUCAACCUUCUCGAUGCAUCCAACAAGUUACUUAUAAAAAACAUUGUCUGUGAACACAGAUCAUCUCUGCGUCCUCAAAUAAGUUUCAAACUAAACUAUGCAAAAAAGAAUCAAGAUAGAAGCAUGAUCUAAAAACACCAGAGUUCUCUGAACUUUGAUACUCCUUUUGGAAAUCAGGGACACCCUGUUAGUCAUACUUAACACUUGAUAUGUUGUAUAGGCUUUAUUUUCAUUUAACUUUGGACAAUGAUUCACAAACCAGCACAUUCUGUUUGUAUCAAUGAUUUGCAUCCUGAUUGUUUUGAAUGUCAGAGUAGAGAAACAAUGAAUUCAUGACGCACAUUCAGAGAAGCUUUGGCCUGACACCCCCCCCCCCAAAAAAAAAAAGGAAAAAAAGAAAGAAAACUGCUGCACGAUUAAAACAUGGAAGAAACUCUGACUCUAUUCUCUCUCUUUCUCUCUCAUAGUGAUGAGUUGACUCUGGAGGGGAUAAAGCAGUUCUUUGUAGCCGUGGAGAGAGAGGAGUGGAAGUUUGACACUCUGUGUGAUCUGUACGACACUCUGACCAUCACACAGGCCGUCAUCUUCUGUAACACCAAGAGGAAGGUAAACCUGCAUGCUGCUAAAACACACACACACACGGCUUACACCUACUGCACACAAUCCACUAUAUCUAAACACACUCUCUCUCAGGUGGACUGGCUGACAGAGAAGAUGAGGGAGGCUAACUUCACAGUGUCCUCAAUGCACGGAGACAUGCCACAGAAAGAGAGGGAGUCCAUCAUGAAGGAGUUCAGAUCAGGAGCCAGGUAACACACACACACACACACACACCAGAACCUAGAGACUUCGGGUUACCUGUGGAUCAGUCAGUGUUCUGUUCGUGUCCUAGUGGUUGAUUUUUGUCUCUGUGUGUUUGCAGCCGUGUGCUGAUCUCCACAGACGUGUGGGCUCGAGGUCUGGACGUCCCACAGGUGUCUCUGAUCAUCAACUACGACCUGCCCAACAACAGAGAGCUCUACAUCCACAGGUACACACUCACGCACACAGGUAUACACUCUGUUACAUCCACAGACACACACACAGGCACUGACGGACCUGGAGUAGCUUUCCUCUCUGUCCGUCCCUCCUUCAGGUGUGAACAGGUAAGCUUCAGAAGCAGCUGGUCAGUUAGAAUCAUUACAGGUGAAUGUUUGAGGAAAAUGAAAAAAUAAAAGCUCAACAUGAGGGAAAAACAAAAGCCCUGAGUUCAAGAGAGCAGAUGAGGAAACAAAGACUAUCUUUAAUGAGAUUUUUAAAAACAAAAAUAAGCUUUAGCAAAGUGUUUUUUUUUUGUUGUUGUUUUUUUUAACCAUGUGACCUCUGACCCCUUAUAGGAUUGGCCGAUCCGGUCGUUACGGACGUAAAGGUGUGGCCAUAAACUUUGUGAAGAACGAUGACAUCAGGAUCCUGAGAGACAUCGAGCAAUACUACUCCACCCAGAUCGAUGAGAUGCCCAUGAAUGGUACGUCACGCAGCAGCCAAUCAGAGGGCUGCUGACUUUAUGGCGUUCCAGCUCAUUAUAGACACAAACACACACUGUAACUCAUCAUGGGCUGUAAUCUGAUUUCAGGCUGCUUCUAACUCUCAUUUAUUUUUUUCUCCACAGUGGCAGACCUGAUCUAGUGUCACCUGGAUGAUCUGAUGCGGAGUCCCCACCCAUUUAUUUUCUGUUCUGUUAUUUGGUUUUUAUAGGUCAGAGUUUGAUCUUUUUUUUUAACUAUUGAGGUUUAAGUGUCUGAACGACUUGCUGCGUUUUUGUAAAUAAAGUUUUGGUCCCACCUCA